UGGCAGCGCAAGAUCAGUUCUUCACAGUUCUUCUCCGCUAGUUGCGUCGGAAAACAGUUUGUUACAAUUGACUGUUGUGUGUUUUUGCGAGGAAGACAAAAAGCACGCUAGAAUUUUAUCAGUGCCCAUUGUAUCAUCAAAGAGAUCUCUUCAAUCAACUUGAAGACUAACGCUAUCGAGCAAAACAACACUGCAGAGUACAGCUUUAUAACAGUUCCCUGGCAAACAACGCUAAUAGAACAAUGAAACUGCCUAUUCUUUUGACACUCUUCUAUUGCUUUUGUGUCGAUGUUAGCCACACGAGGGAAAUAACUCAUGAAGACAUUAAAGAUGCUAUGUUGAGCCUAGUACAUAUGAUGCGAGAGAACACAGAGAAGCUGGAAAGGCAUGAGGCGAGAGAACGGCAGUUAGGUGAGCAACUAAAAAAGACAAUAACCAUUCUGACAAAACGUGUAACCGUUGUAGACAAUCUGAAACUGCAAUUGAUCAAGUUAGAUGAGAAGAUCACAGGAAUAGAACAUCUGAUUGCACAGAGGGAUGAACGAGAGCGUAUACAGAUGCAAAAAACCGUGGACAGUUUAGAAGACCUAGAGAAUCGCUUGGAGGGUUGGCUCACGAAUAUCGAAAGUAAGGUAGGAGAGAUAAACAGUCGUGCAGAAGUUACAUCUACUCCGGAUAGUCUUUCUGACGUUCUCAACAAGUUAAAUGGCAUAGAGAGCAACUUGAUGGGAGAAGUUGCAAGAUUUAAAGAAGGUCUGCAUAAUAACAUAGCAAAGAUGAAUAGAGAAUCUGUUACGCUGAUGGAGAAGACGCAUACGAUAUUUUCAGAGGUGCAACAUGUAUCCGCCAAGAUCGGAGAUCUGGAAAAAUCUUUAGAGAAGAUAAAACAGAUAACGCAAACCAUUCAGGAGAGACCAGAGAGGCAAUUGGAUUUAUCUCCAGCUUUUGACAAUCAUGUCAGAACAUUAGAACAAAUGCAAGAGCUGUUGGAAAGCACUUCUAACAAGUUACGAGAAUUACCCAGGAUAAACGAGGUUCAGGCGCUCCACAACGAGACGCAAGUUACGUUGCAAGAAACAAAGCACGCGUUAAAGGACAUCUUUACACGGGGCAUUAAUAAUAUCGAGGAUAGCAUAACAGAGAGUAAAGAAGAAACAAAGGAUUUAGUGACGACAUUACGAAUGAAUCUGGCCAAUAAUGCAGAACGCGUUAAUCAGGAACUACAAAAUCUGGAAAAGGGUCAAUCCGUGAUGGUUUCUAUGGCCGAUCAUGUGCUGGACACGAAGAAAAGGGUAGAGUACGGUGUACAUCAGAUUCUACUGGAAGUGGGCGAUUUGGUGAAGACUCAAGGCGUUAAUAUUAACAGCACUCUUAGUCAAAGAUUUGAUGGAAUCUCAAAUGAUAUUAUGGAUAAUCAAAACGGUGCUUUGGCGAACCUUACCAGCAAAAUGGAACAGGAAAUGAACAAAGUUUGGCGACAGAUCAAUGUAAUGUAUCAACAGAUGACAGAAAGCGCUCGAGCUCUAGAUAAACUGCAUCAACAGAAUGAAGCUUAUGUUAACGGCACAACAUCCACUAUGGGUGGAAUGGAGAACAAAGUAGGCGAAAUAACGAAACGUAUGACGGAAGUAGAUGAAAACUUGAACUAUCUGCUCGGCCGCUUAUCCUUAGUAACGCAAGAAUUCAAUCAGAUUAAAACAGGCUUGGGAAAUGCUUUAGACAACAUCAAGGCUUCUUUCAAGGUAGUUCAGGACAAAACAUUGGAUUUGUCUCAUCCGGGUCCUCAUCCACUACCGGAAAAUUAUAAGAAUCCAAACGAAUCCGAAACCAGAAAGCCAGACGUUGUGUCCAUAAAAUAAGCCAUUUGAUUCUCAGAUCAUCAGAUUGGCUUGAGUUAAAUCUCAGUCAGACAGCCAUCUUCAUCCUUAGCGAAUUAACAUGUGGCACUGCCUUCAGCAUUUCAUCAUCAUCAGAUUGUAAUACACUUUAAUAAAUUUUCGAAUA